CGUCAAAGAGUCGUUAAUGAUGAACGUAUAAUGUCAUAUGCUGCCCUCUAGUGGACUAUUCAAACAAACAUGGCUGCUCCCUUGCAGAAGUUGAGUCAUAAGCAAUACAAAGCCCUACUGAAAAAGGAGAAAAGGAAAAAGAAGAGACAAGAGGCAGCAAAAUUGAGGCACAUAGAACAAAAUGAUACAGACUCUAUACCGCACAUAAGUGAAGGAGAAGAUGAUGAACAAGAGACAAGAACAGAAGAGAUUGAAAGAGAAAAAGCACAUCAGGCCUGGCUUGAGAGGGAAAGAGUAGCACAGAUAUUAUUUGAAAGGAAAAAACAGCAAGAGGAAGAAUGGAAGAAACAGCAAGAAGAAGCAGAGAGGAAAAUAGAAGAAGAAUUGGAGAAGCAAAAGAACAUGGAAAAGGAAUUUCUGAACAGCAAAAAUAAGAAAACAAGCAAGGAAAAAUUACUUGAGGAUGCUUUGCAUGUUUUAAGUGAUGAAGAUGACCAAGGUGUUGAAAAUACGGAUGCACCCACGCACAACCCAGAAGCACCGAGGUACAUCGAGAGGAAACCAGAAGAAUGCAAGUUUUAUCUGAAAACAGGUGUAUGUCGCUUUGGCAAUAGGUGUUCUCGCAACCACGAGUAUCCUUUAAUCAGUGCAACACUACUGAUCAAGGGAAUGUUUUACUGUUACGCCAUGGAGCAAAGUUAUCGAGAUGAAUACGAUGCCGAUAUCGGAUUGGAGUUCGACGAGGCGGAAACCCAGGAUGCUUUUUGUGAAUUCUAUGAUGAUGCACUGGCUGAGUUCAAGAAAGCUGGCAAAGUUAUUCAAUUUAAGGUAUGCAGUAAUUGGGAACCUCACCUGAGGGGGAAUGUGUAUGUUGAGUUUGAGACAGAGGCUGGCUGUAGUAACGCUUUCAGCAUGUUUAACGGUCGGAGCAAUGAUGCACCCACGCACAACCCAGAAGCACCGAGGUACAUCGAGAGGAAACCAGAAGAAUGCAAGUUUUAUCUGAAAACAGGUGUAUGUCGCUUUGGCAAUAGGUGUUCUCGCAACCACGAGUAUCCUUUAAUCAGUGCAACACUACUGAUCAAGGGAAUGUUUUACUGUUACGCCAUGGAGCAAAGUUAUCGAGAUGAAUACGAUGCUGAUAUUGGAUUGGAGUUCGACGAAGCGGAAACCCAGGAUGCUUUUUGUGAAUUCUAUGAUGAUGCACUGGCUGAGUUCAAGAAAGCUGGCAAAGUUAUUCAAUUUAAGGUAUGCAGUAAUUGGGAACCUCACCUGAGGGGGAAUGUGUAUGUUGAGUUUGAGACAGAGGCUGGCUGUAGUAACGCUUUCAGCAUGUUUAACGGUCGUUUCUAUGCUGGUAGGCAGCUGUCUUGUGAAUAUUCUCCAGUUACAAAUUGGAAUGCAGCAAUUUGUGGCUUGUACCACCGAAAAAAGUGCCCAAAAGGAAAGAACUGUAAUUUCCUGCAUGUGUUCCGUAACCCAACCAAUGAGUUUCCUGAAGCAGAUGAAAUAAACUCACAGAUGUGGAGCUCACGGAGAGGAGGGUGGCCUAGUGAGAGAUCAAGGCUAGACACUCCCAUGCAAAGCGAGAGACGCUUUAGGGAUCAUUCGAGAUGGCGAUCCAGAGAUGAGAGUUGGGAGAAGCACAGACGACACAGGAGUAGAAGCAGGGAGCGACACAGGACUAGGAGUAGGAGCAGAGAGCGACAUAGGAGUAGGGAGCGGCGCAGAAGUAGAAGCAGAGAACGGCGCAGAAGCAGGAGCAGAGAGCGACACAGAAGCAGAAGGAAAAGAAGUAGAGAAAGGUAUUCACAUAGAAAAGAGAAUAGAGAAAGACGCAAAAGUAACUCUCGUAGCAGGAGUAGGAGUUAUAGUAGGGAAAGGUCAAGAAGUAGAAGCAUGGACAGGGAUUGGGAUAGAGACAAACAUCAUUCCAGGAGUAAAAGCCAGGAAAGGGAUGGCGAACAAAAGGAAAGGUCCAGAAAUCAAAAAGAAAGAUGUGGUGACAGUGAAGGUGUUCGGUCUCGGAGUGGCAGCAGAGAAAAAUCUUAUAAUUCGAGAGGUAGAGAAGUAAGAGACGGAGAGAGUAGUACAAAGGAGUGUAAAGAAUCACAGGUGGAGAUUCUGUGUAGGGACCAAGAAAAACAUGAUGUGCUUGAUAAUAAUGGAAGAAAGGAUCGCAAGAAACGCAAGAAAUCCAAGCACAAAAAACAUAAGAAAAACAAAAAAACUGAUAAAACACUUGAAACUGAUAAUGCAAGUAGUGAUGGUGGCUCUGUGGAAAAUUGUGAAAAUGAAGUUCAUGAGGUUAUUAAUGGUAACAAUUGUGACAGCGAACAAUUGUAAUGACAAUAACAAUGGCUAAUGAUUGAUAUACACUUCCAUACUCUCUAUUUAUAAACUACCAUCUCCUCUGGCUAUAAAGUAUGAUCUUGCUUGCAUACCAAAGGUGGGGGAAAAGUGCGGUUGCCAACCAUCUUUGGUUAGAAAUCUGCUUGUUUUAUUUUUUUAUGACCCAGCACCAAUCAUUGGGUAAAGUAAUAUUAUAACUUAAAAUAAAAUGGUAUAAAAGCAGUCCAUGAAGGUUUUUGGAAGCACACUGGAAAAUCAAAGUACAGGUGUUAAAUCAAAUAAUUUACUUUAGUACUCCGACCCAUUUUUAUGCCCACCCCUGUUGUAAGCAAACACCAAAAUAACUGUCACUGUUGUAUCAUGGAGGAAUUAAUUAUUUUCCUUCAUGGUUGUAUAAACGCAGUUCAUCAGUUGCCAGUAUAUUAACCGUAAUCCUUUAGGGUAAUUUUAUAAUUUCUUUUAUGAGCAUCAUACUAAUAACAAAAAUAAAAGACAGAAAAUAUUUAACUCAGUUUUCGUUCUUAUUUUAUUGUAGUAUGCUUUUCAUUGGUGUACAAAGUAACAUGCAUAUAAUUAUAAAUGGAAUGAAAAUAACAUAUUGAUUUAAAGCUUCAUUAUGACUUGGGGGAAAAAAUUUGUAUUUUUGAUAGUACUAUUCAAAGCACACUCAACAAUUAUAGUAUAUUCAAACUUACCAUUAAUAAGUAAUACAGGUAAUACUGUACAUGAAAUGUCAUUAUGAUACAAGAAAAAAAAA